AUGUCUGCUUCUUCUGCUUCUAAUAUCAACUCUUCGAUAUUCAUUCUCACUGGGUUCCCUGGCCUAGAACAAUACCAUCCUUGGUUUUCAGUUCCCUUUUCUUUGAUCUAUGCUGUGGUUUUCGUGGGAAACUGCCUGGUGCUACAUGUUGUUCAUACUGAGCCGAACCUGCAUGAGCCCAUGUUCUACUUCCUGGCCAUGCUGGCCCUUACUGACCUGUUCAUGGGGUUGUCCACAGUACGCACAGUGCUGGGUACCAUGUGGGGGCUCAGUCAGGAGAUUGGUCUAGAUGCCUGCAUUUCCCAGACUUAUUUUGUUCAUGGACUGUCUUUCAUGGAGUCUGGAGUCCUUCUUGCCAUGGCUUUUGAUCGCUUUAUAGCAAUUUGCAAUCCUCUGAGAUAUACAUCCAUUCUGACUAAUAGCAGGAUCAUUUACUUCAUGGUGACCAUUUUGACAAGAAGCUCUUUGUCUAUUCUUCCUGUCAUCAUCCGUUUGAAGUUCUUCCCUUACUGCAGACCCCACAUUCUCUCUCAUUCCUUCUGCCUGCACCAGGAUCUUCUCCGGCUGGCCUGCUCUGACAUUCGCUUCAAUAGCUUCUAUGCCCUGGCUCUGGUGAUUUGUACCUUGUUGCUGGAUGCUGUCCUUGUUCUCCUCUCCUAUGUUUUCAUCUUGCAUACAGUGCUUGCAAUUGCAUCUCAAAAAGAGAGGCUCAAGGCUCUGGAGACCUGUGUCUCCCACCUCUGUGCAGUCCUGGUUUUCUACAUUCCCAUCAUUGGUCUCACUAUGGUACACCGCUUUGGAAAGCAUCUCUCACCUCUGGUUCAUGUCCUUAUGGGCAACAUCUAUAUUCUCUUUCCUCCCAUGAUGAAUCCAAUAAUCUAUAGUGUAAAGACCAAACAGAUUCGAAGCAGGAUGAAGAAGUGGUUUUCUCUGAAAAUGUAG